AUCGAAUUACCAUAUUAUGAAAGCCCUAUGAUAGUAGUUUCAAAACUGUACAAUUAUUUCAAACAAACUUUUUGAAUUAGAUAUUUGAACCUUGUGCGUCGCUGGUCGCUGCUCGAUAACCAAAGCCCUUGCUCUAUAACCAGCCUUUUAUCCCCGCGACUUCCCCCCUUUUCCAGUAUUCAUGGUAAAACUGUAUAAAUUAUCAUAUUCUCGUAAUUUGAGCUUGUGAUAUUUUUUUACUGAUUGGAAAAAAUUAACUCGACUUAAUAAAAUUAAACUUGCGCCAGUACUGGUACCGUACUUCUUUCUUUUUUGCUCCGACUUGACUGGGUUAUUUUCAAUUUUGAUAUUUGGGAGUAUUACCUUUAUCUGUUUUUUUGUGAAAUUGCUCCUUGUACUCUGCAACCAGUUUGCUAGUUUUGUCGUGAGCAGGUGACCUCGCAGUAAACAUCUGCCGUGUUGUAUGACCUAUUUCAGUAUUUGCAUAGUCGCGGUAAACCUAGGCUACUUUUCGUAUAGUCUAGUUAUACUGGUACAGUGGUUCCGUACGGUACGGUCUGACGGUAUAAGGUUGUCGAUUUGUUUGUUUCUGCGUUUACCGUUCACUGUUUCUCUCGCCUGUUUCUGCAUUCUGUGAUGUUCAAGACUUCCUAUCAUUGCCUGUAACUCAGUACCGGUACCGUAACUGGUGGAAUCAGUGGAGGUUAGGAUGUUUAAAAAAGAACGUUCAAAGAAAUCAAUCAAAAAGGAAAAUGAAGACACUUCGUGGAUUGUUGAAGGCAUAGUUGCAUAUUUGAGAAGUCCAAUGUGGACGGUUCCAGUUUUAAAUUUUGUAGAAGAAUGCUGUGGAGAAUUUAUUGACAGCGAAGAAAAUAAAUUUGAGUAUACUGAAAUUCAUCAAAGAUAUAAAAAAAUGGUUGAGGAAUUACUGGCAAAGUACAUGAAGGAAUUAGAAUUAACGGAAUCCCAGUUUUCAGAAGCUUGUUCUAUAAAUAACAGAGACAUUGCAAAGUUAGAUGGCAAUUUUGAAUAUAUUUGGGCUGCUGAUGAUUUUUUAUUAUUUAAACGACUAAUGCUGAAAUACAAUGCUGAAGUACAAAGAGAAGCGUUGAAUAUGCUUCAACAAAAUUAUGCAGGUUCUGAGAAGAAUGAACUUAUGUAUACUGAGGAAAAUACAAAAGCCAUGGAUAAAAUGCUCAAGAAAUCCAAGCAUUCUCUGAAAAAUAGGAAGUUGCAAAAGCAAGAGAAGGAAGAUAUGGAACUCGCAAUACAAUUUUCUAAAAUGGAGAUGGAAAGAUUGAAUGUUCUUGUUGAAGAGGAACAUAAACUCCUCGAAGAGGCGAUCAGGUUAUCACUGGAAUCAUCCAUGUCACUUUCAAAUGAUGCAAGUGCAACUCAAACUCACCUUUCUACAAAGAAAUCUGGGGAAUCAAUAUCCCUCACAAAACCAGUUGAAAUUGGCGGCAAUACUAUGAAUAUACCUCAAGGAUUUUCUGCGUCGUCACUCGAUUCUGCACCUUCAUACAGCGAACCGGCAGAUAAAUCUAAAGUAGCUUCACUGUCCCCAUUAUCAGCUUUUACUCCUAAAUAUGCUGAAGUCAAGAAACCACAACCGACAUCAAAGUCAAAUGAUCUUCCUCCUUUAAGAACGCAAAAAGAAAUGUCAAGUUCUGAGGCUGCAGCUGCCUGGUUGGAUGGUGCAAUGAAGAGAAUUACCGAAUCUCCAACUCAUAAUGUUAAUGGUGCAAGCAAAGCGCAACAUGGUGCAAUUGAUCCUGCAGAAUUAGCAAAACGUAAAGCUUAUCUACAAGAGCAACGUGAUAAAUUACUCGCAUUGAAAAGAAAAGAGAGAGAGAAACAACUAUCUGAAUAUAUUGAACAAAAACAAACAUCUGAUGAACCUUCUACAAGUGAUAAUAAAAAGUCAGACACGAAAGAAGAUAAAGUUCUGGCGUCUAGGAAAUCGAUUGCGGAAAGACUCAAAAAUGAAGUUAUUAAUAAAAAGUAGCACAUGACACAUUUCUUUAUGAACUAAUAGACGUGCAGUGUUAUAAAAUGGACCAACAUGUUCCAGGCUUAAUUUAGUAGAAUAUAAAAAGCAGAAAUCAUUAAUUAUAUUAUACAUCACUACAGAAUCAUAGUACAGAUUAGUGUAGGCCACAUUUAUAUUUGAUAUAUUAUUCAUCAUUUUUUCCCAGAGAACUUUUAAUUUGGGAUUCUAGUUUCUAAAUCAGUGGUUUUCAACCAAGGUUCUGUGGCACCCUAGUGUUUGCCAGGCCAGUCCGGGGGUUUCGCAGGUUUACAUCAAAUCCAAGUGGUUAUAUUGGUAUAGGUACAGGGUGUGAUCCAAAAACAGAACCCAUUGAAUAUAUUUCAAAUGACCUGGGUUCUAUUUUUUUAGUCACCCCAUAUAUUUUUCUUUAGGUUUUCUACUAUUAUUAAACUUGCUACGCUUUAAAAAUCAUUUUGUUUUGCCAGUAUUAGGUUGGAAUAUGUAUACAGUUUCGAAUUAUGAUUUAUUCAUAAGACAAUUAAACUAUUGCACAGGGGUUGCUUGAGCCUCUGGGAUGUUUCAUUUACAUUCCGCCCCACCAAAAAGGUUGAAAACCACUGUUUUAUAGAUUUUUUUCCUCUAUAACUAAGGGACUGCCUCAACAAGAUAGUUUGCAAGCUUUAUUCAGUAUUAUUCAUAUAAGUCAACGAUCAAUCUAUCAUUUUAUAAAAUGGCACAUAUUAUUGCAUUUGGAAAUUAAUAAUUUGAUGUACUGUCUUAAUGUGUUGCAAAAUAUGGAUUAAUUUAUAAUUGCAUUUGGCUAUAAAAAAACUGUAUACUUUAUCUUUAAUUUUGUACUUAAAUAUAUAUAUACAAAUUUGAGAGUAUUGCAAUGAGAGUAUUAUUUGUCUUUUAUGUGUGCUAUUUGUCUGUAAUAAUGUAUUUUGAGAAUUUUCAAUAAUUCUAUCUUAUUUUACACAAUUAGUUGCCACCUGUUGGUUCAAUUUAAAAAUUAUUAUCUUGUUUAUAUUUUUUAAUUGCAACUGUCCAACAAAUUCAAAGCAUGUUAGCUACACCUAAUUUCAACACAUUUCCAUUUAAGCUGUAAGUUUUUGAUUACUCUAUUCAUUCCUUGCUGGCCUUGUUUGUCAUUCUACACCUUUGGAUUAGUAUUUUCCCGGAACUUCAUUGAUUUAAUAAUAAAAAAAUAUUUUUGUAUUCCGAA